CCAUGACGGAAGCUGAUUAAUCUUCAAUUUCACGUUUUGUGUUUGAGUGUUUUGUUAUUAACCACCGCUACUGCAUCUGGUUCAUAUUUGUUGCGCCUCUAUCAUAUAUAUUGCAUUGCAAUUGGAAUUAACGUUUUCCAUUGUAAAAAAGAAAAAGAAAAAAAAAAAAAGAGAAAAAAAGGAAAAUAAUUAAAAUUGUGCAUUUAAUAUAUAUUUUUUAGCCUUUGAAUCGUUAAAGCGAAAAUAUGAAACAGUUACACAAGCAACAUAGCUUAAAUCACAGAAGAGAAGAAGAAAUGGGAAGCGAAACACCACCGUACUCACCGAAAUCGAUGAAGAACACACGAUCCCUCCCCAGAUCGAUCAACUACCUCUUGAGGGAACAACGUCUUCUCUUCAUAUUGGUUGGGAUUUUGAUCGGUUCAACUUUCUUCAUCAUUCAACCCACGCUUUCUCGGAUAAGUCCACCGGAGGCCCAUUCGUUUCUUCCCAGAUCUGGUGCAUUGAUUCGUUAUGAUUCCGUUGGUGGUGGUUCUGGGAGAAUUGGACGUAUUCCGGCGGGAAUUGGUGGUCGGCGUUUGAGAGUGGUGGUUACUGGUGGUGCUGGUUUUGUUGGAAGUCAUUUGGUUGAUAAGUUGAUUGGUAGAGGGAAUGAUGUUAUUGUGAUUGAUAAUUUUUUUACUGGUAGGAAGGAGAAUUUGGUGCAUUUGUUUGGGAACCCUAGGUUUGAGUUAAUUCGUCACGAUGUUGUUGAACCGAUUUUGUUGGAGGUUGAUCAGAUCUAUCAUCUUGCUUGUCCUGCAUCACCUGUUCAUUACAAGUAUAAUCCUGUCAAGACAAUCAAGACAAAUGUGAUGGGUACACUUAAUAUGUUGGGGCUUGCAAAGAGAAUUGGGGCGAGGUUUCUUUUAACUAGUACUAGUGAGGUAUAUGGUGAUCCUUUGGAGCAUCCUCAGAAAGAGACUUACUGGGGGAAUGUUAAUCCAAUUGGUGAGAGGAGUUGUUAUGAUGAAGGAAAGCGAACUGCGGAGACAUUGACCAUGGAUUAUCAUCGAGGUGCUGGUGUUGAGGUUCGAAUUGCUCGAAUUUUCAACACAUACGGGCCCCGCAUGUGUUUAGAUGAUGGGCGUGUUGUUAGCAAUUUUGUUGCACAGGCUAUUCGCAAACAGCCAUUGACUGUGUACGGUGAUGGGAAGCAAACACGAAGUUUCCAAUAUGUCUCUGAUUUGGUUAAUGGGCUGGCAGCUUUGAUGGAUGGUGAACAUGUGGGACCUUUCAACUUGGGUAACCCAGGCGAGUUUACCAUGUUAGAGCUUGCUCAGGUUGUCAAAGAAACAAUUGAUUCAAGUGCUACGAUAGAGUACAGAGCAAAUACUGCUGACGAUCCACAUAUGAGGAAACCAGAUAUUAGCAAAGCAAAGGAACUGCUAAACUGGGAGCCGGAAGUCCCACUAAGGGAAGGUUUGCCUCUUAUGGUUAGUGAUUUCCGGAAUCGGAUUCUGAAUGAAGAUGAAGGGAAAGGAAUGAAAUAAGUGUAGUAGCCAACCUUUGUUUUUAUAGGGAGAAGUGUGUGUCUCCCCUUAAUUUUUCCGAAUCUCUUGUAUGGCCAACAUCAAUAGAAAGUCCAGGUAAUACAUCGCAUUUGUAAGAAGUGUUUUACUGGCCAUUUACUCAUUUGUGCCAGCUUAGCAUAUAAUUGAGUAAUUGUUAAUUUUUGACAUAAUUAUUUUCUGCAGCUUUCUUGUCUAUUGUAUUGAUAAAAGUUGUAAUAUUCAAUAUUUGGAUUACGGUAUUAUGAAAAUGAAAGCUUAUCUGUAUAAAUUUGUGGAUCUUGAAUUUUUCUGA